AUGUCAACGCUUGUAUCCGAAACUUGGCUUACUCAAUCGCAUCUCGUCAUUUUUACCUUUCGUAAUUCAGUUUAUUCCGCGUAUAUCUACAAACAAACUAUAGUACUCAUUUUGGUUCAACUGUUUGGCAUGAGUGCGGAACAAGGAUUAUCCUUCAACAAGGCAAGCGAAAAUGUUCUCAGGAGAUGGGCAGCGAACUGAAGCUGCUAACAUUGCAUAGCAUGAGACGAUUUUUACGCUUUAUGAGAGCAGCAGUGUUUCAUCGGAUAUAAAGUCAAAGAUACGAGGCGAAGCCGAGUAUCUUUAGGUCUGAUAAAACACGCACUGCGAAAUCUAUGUUUUAAAUUGCUUCAAAAACGAUCGAUCUAGUAAGUUCAUUGGCGAAGUAAUUUUCAAAAAAUACGUUGUGUAUAAGUGUGUGGUAAGUCGAGAAAAUCAAAGUUAAAGUUUAUGUAAAUCAAGGGAAAUAUCAGUCUAUCACGUAUAAAGAUACGACACGCUUAUGAUUCUUCUUUUUGUUAGUGUAUUCAUGCAUUUUUAUUCCCCUUAAUUGUAACUGCUAGAAUUAUCAAGUAAAAGAGAUCAACUCCAAUCUAAAAUUCACUAUGUUUAAAAUAUCUCUUCAUAGUCUGGUUUUCAUUGGAUUACUGUAAAUUCAUGAUGUUCACAUACCAAGUUUGCUUUCAUGUCCUAUCAUGACCGUCUAAUUGCGUCAAUAAAAUGCUAUGUCUAUCAUUAAUAAUUCCGGCUGUCGCGAUUAUACUACUAUGUGUUAAUCAGUGUCAAAGUGUUCGUUACAUAUUUGGAGUUGAAGAGCGCGGUUGCUCUGACGAUCCGACCUUGGAAAUGUACUUUUAGUGGAAUAGUAGAAUAUUAGAAUACUACGCCGAAUAUUACGCCGUUGUGGAAUAGUAGAAUAUUACGCCGUUGUGGAAUAGUAGAAUAUUACGCCGUUUCAUAAAUCAUAACCUAUAUCGUCACGUGUGAAUGCAAUUAAUAUUAUGUGCCUUGCACAACGUCAAUAAUCUUUUAGUAACACUAUACUGAAUUGUUAUUUUAUGCAUGCAGUGGCGUGUUUUACCAAAUAAGGCCAAACAUGCAAGGUGAAAGCCAUUCUCGUACCCAGAGCCCUUCUUACGCGCGUUCGAAGCCUUCAACAAAUCAAUUUUUGUGUACUCAAUCCAUCCGGGCAAAUGUCAGCCGACUCGGCCUGCUUACUCAACCAAGUACAUUCAAGAGGAGGAACUAACAUUUUUUAAACCGUUUGUUUUUAUUAUAGCACAAAAUUUGUGAAAAUAUCAGUGCGAUUGAUCAUUGACCAAAUUAUGGGUUAAUCAUACGAGUCCUGAGGUUAAACUGUCAUUUUUCAUGGUUCUCGAGUUGCAAUUUCAAAAUACUGACUGCCUCAAAAGCUCAAUUUUUUACAGGACCAUCCUCAGAGAUAUGGAAAACGAGUUUCAUAUUAUUGUUAAAUAUUUUCGCGGCGACUUAUAAGUCUCGUUACCAAUCCCCGUUGACUCGAUAUGGGUAGAGCGGCUGUCUAGAUCCGAAGAUGUGAGUUUAGGUCCCACUUCCGUCCCCGGGAAAAUUUUCAAAUUUUGAGUCCCUGAGUCAAGCAUUUUGGGGGUGAAAUGUUGCAGAAUUCCGAAGUUUAUAAAGUACAUCAAACUAAAUUUUCCCAGACAUUUCUACUCGGAAUUAAAUAAAUUGGAAAAGUCACCUUGAAAAACAAGAGGGGUCAGCGUCACCUUAUUUUCCCUCUGUGAUGCUGGGGGAAGAAAAUCCCAAUGUGAUUUUGAUCAGAAAUGUUACAUUUAAAUCAUCAGUCUAGGUUCUAUGAGACACCAUUUCCGCAUUCUCAAAAUUGUGUUGCUUUUUUAUACGACACCGGAUACAGAAUGAGUCUGAGAAGAAUAUUCAUGUUAUGAUAAUGCAUAUACAUGUAAAUCUAAACUAAAUUUGACUAUUUUCCUGGAACCAUAUCUACAACUGCACGAACAAAUCAAGUUCCUCCAGUAUAUCGUCGUUUUCCUCAGUCGAGACGUACUUAAUCAGUUUCAGCUUCGAGCAUGUAACGUGUACCACCCCCCCCCCCCUGAGGCCCCCUCCAAUUUCUCUACGGAUUUAGACUUUUUCAGAGAAUUUUUUUGGCGAUUGGGCCCCCUCGGCUAGGCUACUGCAUACGGCAAUUCAUUCUUACAGGAAUACGAUAAUAGGCAUAUGUGCAAUUAGACCAUCUAUCUAAUUAUAUCUAUAAUUAUUUCCCCUGAUUGACAUGAAUAUACAAUUUUAAUAACGUACAGUUAAAGAUCGAUUAAACUGAGUAAUAUCAAAGGAUACUGGCCCCUAGAAAUAAUCUUUUUGGAUUAAAACUGGCCAGAAUAUUUAUUUUUUGCUAUGAACAGGCGGAGGAAAGAGGAAAUCAUUAUAUCAUAUAUGCUACAAAAUUACAACACACAACAACACACACUACAUGACACACCGUGUAUUAAUUAAAACAAAAUUUCGGCAAAAUUAGAAAAAUAUGUAGGUAAAUGUUCAUAGUUCAAUAUGUUACACACAUAUUUAAUAAAGAUUUAACACAUUCUGCUUCAUUUUAUAUUUAAUUGAGCAGAUCUUAAUGUCUUUUUUAAUAGAGUUCCAAACUGUUGGACCUAUAAACGUUCCAAAAUUAUUUCGCACAUCAGGAAUAUAAUACGAUUGUUUAGCAGCAUGCCUUGUAUGAUCAGACAUAAAGAUACGAGGCGAAGUCGAGUAUCUUUACGUCUGAUAAAACACGCACUGCGAAUGUUUUUUAAAAAUUGAUUCAAAAACGAUCGAUCUAGUAAGUUCAGUGGCGAAGUAAUAUUAAAAAAAUACGUUGUGUAAGUUGAGAAAAUCAAAGUUAAAGUUUAUGUAAAUCAAGGGAAAUCUCUAGCUAUCACAUAUAAAGAUACGACCAUAGAUAUCUUAUAUAUACACUAGAUAGUGCAUCUAAUUAUUCUGCAAUUCAAAAAUUGUAGCCGUGAUUGCAGACUCAGGAUAUUCCUCUGAAAUGAGAAGAUUCGUAUGUUUUCUAUUUCUUAAACAGGGAACAUUAAGUUAAACCUAUUCAAAACACAUUUUUAAACUAUUCAAAUGACGAAAGUUAUUGUUGUUUUUUAAGCGUUUAUUAGCGAGUGGGAACUACCAACAUGGCCGCCAUCUAUUCAAAUGGGGGUAACCGCUGGAAUAUUCUUGGCUUCAAUUUUACUAAAAGAGAUUCUCUAUCUAGUGUAUAUAAGAUAUCUAUGGAUACGACACGCUUAUGAUUUUCUUUGUGAUUUCUUCAUGAAUUAUAUUAAUUAAUGAGUUUUUGAAUAUGAUUACGAAGACGAUUAAUAUCAAUGAAGAAAUUAUGAGAAGACAACUACCACUGAUCCAGACACGAUUUCUAAAGAAACAUUUCAAAAUUUGUAAACAAACUGCAUGCUGGGACGUUUACUUUGAAUUUUAGUUUAACCUAGGGUUAAGCUUAUUGGCUUUAUCGAACAGCUUUAUCGAAUAACUCUAACCUUUCUGUUCAGUUUAGCCAACAAAAUUCCAAAUUAUAUCAAUAUAUUGUUUUGAAACAUUAGGUAAACCUUGAAGUACUUGACCGUCACGAUGCAGAAGUCGAUCGUUACGUAAUCAAGCUUGAAUUACGUCAUCCACGCGUCAUUCGCACGAAAGGAGGACGAACAAUCAAACAUGUCGUUGACCACAACUUGGAAGAGAAACUAUCUCAGCCAUUUUUCUUCGUUCAGAAUCCCAACGGAGAAGUGACUCAUGUGUUUUAUCCACAUGAUGAUUCUCCUGACCUUGUUGGAAUGAAGAAAGGUAAAUUUAUUGGAUUCAUUAUACGUUUAGAAAAAAACAUUAUAGCUAAAUUAGGCUGGCUUCAUUAAAGUUCCGUCAGUUCUAAGCAGUUCUCCCUAGAAAUUGUCAACAGGCACGGUUAAAAUAAUAAAAAAGAUGGUGGAAAAUUUGUUUUCGAAAGGUUUUAUAUGAAAUAAAAAACCAAGACUAUCUGAAGACGUUUAAAGGUAGGGAGCCAAAUUUAAACCAUAUUUUAAUAAUAAAUUUGCCGCUACUUGCCAAAAAAUGUGACACGAAGACAGACAGUGGGACGGAAUUACAGAAUACAGAGCACAUUUUUUUGUGCAUAUUACAGGCGCGCAAAGACGUUGAAAUUCCAGUUGCUUGUAGCUAAUUAAUUAAUGAUAUGUUUUUUUUUAUGUUAAUAGCUGUAAUAUUUUAAAUGAAUGGACUUUUUGUGUGCUUCCGAUUUUCGAGUUUUUCAAUAUAAUUUUAAUGUUAAAUUUUGCCUAUGCAUGUCAGUUGGCAGUAUUGUUUUUCAGUUAUUCUCUGAUGUAUUUAAUCGAUUUCACCACAUCAGGAUUGCUUGGCGUGCAUUUUAUACGUUUCUCAAUGUGAACUACUGCAACGUUUCGGGAAUCCAUAUUGUUUGCAGUUUGAAAACAUCAGUUAAGUUCUGGACUUUUACUGUCGUUCCAAUUGAAGUGUUCCUCAAAUAUUGAUUCAAUACAUUACCUCGGGCUGACCAAUUAAUUUCAUCAAGUUCCUCGAAAUAUUCAUACACUUCCUAGUAUAAUUGUAAACUUCCUGUUGAAUAGUUUGAAUGCACCAAUCACCUUUGUUGUUUGUGCAACUAACCAAUCAUAAAUUGAAAGGAAGUGACCAGAAAUGAUCAAAUUCUUGGAAUUGGCUCUUUCACAGGAAGUGUAUGAAUAUGUCGAGAAACUUGAUGAAAUGAAUUGGUCAGCCUGAGGUAAUGUAUUGAAUCAAUAUUUGAGCAACACUUCAAUUGGAAUGACAGUAAGUCGUCCUCUUUUUCCUUAAUAUCAUGACUGUUAUUCGGCCUGUUUUAAAACAUUUUCAAGGCUCACGAACCGUGUACUUUGGAAACGCUUUUUGCUGAGAUGUUUGCCAAAGGUAAACAAAAACCACAGGCAAAGCAUGCGAAGGUUGAAAGAAGUCCGUCAAACGCUCGUGCAUGCUUUUAAAUUUCAUUUAAAUCUUUCCAAUUGUGGUUGGAGUUAGUAUUUUCAGUAGGAGUAUAUACUACAGUCACCAAAACAAUUAGACAACUCGGCCUCGUUGUCUAUAGCGAAUUAAUCCUUGGAAUCACAAUCCUGACCCUUAUCGUUCCCCUAAUUCAAACAUAAUAUUAAUCCCAUUCCUAACCCUUUACUAAUCCUAAUUCUAGAACUUUUUCAUUCUUUCCAGGUGUCGUAAGUGCCUUUCACCUGAAGCUCCACCCAGACUUCAAGAUGACGUCAUCCAAUAUCGAAGAAGAAGACGACUCCGGUGUCCACGUGACCUACUAUGACGUCAUCCAUAGAAACACCACUCACGUCGACUUCACAAAACAAUGGAAUGGCGACGAUUACACGAAACAUGCAGACGGACGACCUGUGGAGGGCAAACAACAUGUUAAAAGUCGCUACAACUCGGCUGUAAAGAUUGAAGACAACGCCAUUAAAUCUGUAAAGAGAACACACUUCUCUCAGUUGCAUGACGAAAACCCGUACAAAAGGCACUUAAAUAACCCUGAUUUUCAAAAUCAACCUGAUUUUAAUAUGAAAGCAUCCGGAGAAAGCCACCUUAACUUGCUUAGCUGUUCAAGGAAACCUCGGCGGAGUAAAAGGUCCUCAGGAAAUGAGAAAGCUGCGUCCUCACUGGCUAAUCUAAAACAGGAUACUUUAACUCACGGCGAUGUGCAUCGCAGGCGGUGGUCGGACAUCGGUAAUCAAAAGAAACCAACCCGAACGUUUUACGAACUGCUCCGAUGUUAUUCAGAUCCUUCCGUAAAGAAAAACGAACUAUCGCAGUGUAUCAAAGAACUUCAUUAUCUAGCCCGAACCGACGACGAGACUCACCGAAACAUAGCCGAGCUCACAUUAUCGCGCAGCCAUCAGAAUUUUUCUACAUGGUCGGGGUUAGUCGGAGCUCUUGUUGUUAAAGGGGACUAUGAGACGCAGAAGAUAUUAACAAGGGCACUUUUGUCCGAGGACCCGCGGCCCCUCACUGAUAAAGAACACUCGAUACUGCUUGAGGCAGUGUUCUUUAUUCCGGCCGGACCUCUAUACUCGGAACUAUUACAAGCGCUGCUAUCUCUUCAUAAAAACAACAGUAAAAGUGAGGAGGUCACCGUCCGAGCAAUGUUGGUUAUGUCGGGGUUGGUUCGUCGUGUUCAUGAAGCUGGCUAUAACAGGUCGCUGUCUGAUAGCAUUGCACAACAUCUUCACCAGAGCUUUAAAACCCAUCCAUCCCGUUUCCAUGACGACGAAAGCGAAUUACGUGAGACAUACCUUCGCAACCAUAUAUGGGCUUUUGGUAACUUAGGUCAUGCGUCAUCUCUAAACACAAUCAUCCGUCAUUUGGACCACGACAGCUCCGGGAUCCGUUACUCCGCUGUAUCCGCAUUACGCAAACUUCCAUUCCAUGACACUGACCAUCACUUACUGCGAGCUCUAAAGCAUGACGAACACAUGACUGUAAAAGCCGGCGUGAUCGAAGUGUUCCUAGAACGCCGACAGAAUAUUUCGGACGAAAUGCGUGAAGCAAUCGAAGAUGCACUUUGGUCAGCCGAGGAUGGAGACGAACUCGACUCAAAGAUUACAGAAUUUCUAGACAAACAUGGCGACGACUCACAUCAUACUAUCAAACAAUUACGAAAGCGGAGAGCAGCUAUACGAAGGAAGAAAAGGGCGCUUAUCCCAGCUUUGAAACCAAGAGAGUUCUCCUUGGGACCAAGGCGGGAAUGGAGGAAAGGGUUUGGAGGCAGGAGAGCUGGAUCUGAAAUCAUAAUGAGGUAUGCAUGUUGUUGACCAAGGCAUAGGUGAGCUACAAAACAUGAUGGCGAACUUUUGUCAACUUCGGCGUCUGCUGAUUUAUUCAGAGAAAUCACUUAGUUUUACCUUGCGGAGACAAAAUUUCCUUUCGAAAAAAACCCCACUAAAAUUCUGAGAAUUUUCAGAAAUUUUGGAAAACAUUGUUUUGCUUUUAGUUUUCAACCUUCGACCUGGAUGAACAUGCAACAGCCUGUAUUUGUUGUAACUGUUCCAUUUACUUAGGAAAUAACAUACCCUACGGCAAAUGUUUGGCUAACGUUUCUUGUUUUAUCACUCCACCUUUGCGGAGCAUACAUGUUCAAUAGGAAAAAUAUUUCUUUAACAAUGUUUUCAGUUUGCCCUAAACCAAAGACUUUAGACUGUCCAUCAAGUAAUAGCUCUUUUAGAUUCUUUUAGGUUUCCAACAUUAAUUUAUUAUAGGUUCGUGAACCAAGUGAAACUACGGAUCGGCAUCUUUGGAGGAAAGUUUGAGGUAGACAUGGAUAAUUUAGCUCAUCUUCGUGCUCACGUGAUCAAGUGGCAUUUUGAUAUCAUUAAAGGUAAAGCCGCGUUCAAAAUGUCGGCGCGAUUUAAGAACGACAUCCCGAAAGAUUUAAUCCACGCAAUCUCCGACUCAGCGGACGACAUUCUUGCCAGUGUUGAUUCGCUUACCAGCAUCUUUACGAAACAUAUUCAAAACUUUAUUAACAAACUAAAAAAUCAUCUACCGUUGGAUUCAAAUGAGUUUCUGGAAUUCAUCUCAAGAGCAACUGAGUUUUUGAGGCGUUCUAUUCAGGCCACGCGCUUUGGAAAGUUUUUCAGCCAAAUUGGUAAAGGUCUUAAAAACGCGUUGCGUGUAAAUGAACUCUGGAGGAAAAUUGCUAGUCUGGUUAACAAGCUUUUACGGAAUCUCAAAAACUUAAGUCUAUCCAACGGGCCAUUUGGAGAAGCAUUCCAAUUUCUUACAAAAUUGGUCGAUCUCGUUUUGAGAAUUGGCUCUGAGCUCCCACGCGGUUUUCCGGUAAAUUUCAACAUCAAGGAAUUUCUAGAACAUAUAUCUGGGCGAUUUGAUUCGAUCGAUGAGGCAGUCUCGGAUUAUUUUAAGAAAUUGGGUAUCAGCGUUCCGGGAAAUUUCUUCGGAAUGCUACAUUUUAAGAUCACUUUGCGUUUCCCGACUUCCCUGGAUAAGUUCAAGACCGUCACGGUGAGGUUAAUAAAUUUCGGAAAUAAUUAUCUGGAAAUGCUUUCUGUUUUCCGGGAAAUGAUCAGGAUUGAGUUACCGAGAAUUCACCUGCCGGAAUUCGGCCUAACCACCGGCGGAAACCGAUUCUUCGAUUUUGGGUUAUCUUUCGAGUGGAGGAUAAGAUUCAAUUUUAAGAUCGACUUUUCCAAACCAGAUUUCGCAGAUCUGCAGAACUUUUUCCGUUAUUUAGCGGAAAUUUUCCAACAGCUUGAUGGCCCGAAUAUAGACUUGGAACGAUUUUUCCGGGAAUUUUUACCCAGUUGGAGAAAAGAGUUGGGCUCUAUAAACUCAGAACUAUUCCGGAAUACGACAGGUUUGAAGAUUGGCCAAUGGUUCCGAGAAAUUAUGAAAGAAUUUGAGAAUAUUCUGGGGCAGCAAGAUGGAAAAUUUCUGGACUUUAGUGACACUGCAAAAUUCUUAGAAGAAUUAGGAAAAGAGGCUGGGAAAUUUUCUAAGAAAGCCCUCAAGAAGGUUUGCAAGUUUCAAGGAUUCAUGGUGAAGUCUUCUGGAAAAUUACAAGAAUUUGGCGAAACUUUGGAAAAGGAAACGAUCGUUGCGAUCAGAAAAAUCGAAGACGAAGCACAAGCUGUUAUCGCAGAGGUCGUCAAUGUCACGUUAUUCGUGGAUAGACUUACAGACGAUCUCCAAAAAAAUCUUUCGAACACGGCGAAGAAAUUUGUAGAUCAGUUUUUAACAAAGUUGGAAACAUCGCUUGAAAAUGUUAAAGAACUGGCUGAUAAUGUUGCGGAGUUUACUAGCAACUCGACCGACGAGCUAGCUGGUUUCUGUCACAAAACGGCCGACGUAUCCGGAGAAAUUUUGGACAAAAUUCAGUCCGAAGCCGAAAAUGCUGUGAAAGAACUAGCCGAGUUUAUUACUACGAAUUCUCAAGGUUUUACUAGCCUUGUAAACCGUUUCAAAACUGUCGUUACAAAUGUAGAGACCUGGCAAAAGAAAAAUUUACAAAAACGUUUAGGAAAGUUUGCUCGUGUCGCGGCAACGCUUGAAGAAUUCUUAUCCUUGCUCAAAAACGAAAACAAAUUUUUGAAAAGCGUUCACAAAGUCUCCAGGAAUAUUAACGUUGUUGUAAAGAACUUGAAUCGACUACCCGAACAUGCCGAAAAAGCCCGACAGGCCGCCGAUAAAGUCGCCGACUUUGCUACGAACGCGAAGCGUUGGGAGACCGAAGUUAAGAAACUUAACAUACAAAAGAAAUUCAAAUUAGACUUCGACGACAAAUUGCGAAAACUCUGCAACGAAUUUCAAGCUCUAGCCCAGGAUUCCGUGAACAAAAUCCGAGGUGAUAAUUUGUUUGGAACAUUCCGUGAAUUUGUGACAAAAGAAACAGACGCCUUGAUUUCUCGCGGAGUUGGAAAAUUAGAUUUACUGAAAGAACCGUUAAAGCGAGUGCGAAGCGAGGUUGAAAAGGUUUCGGAGUCUGUCAGCGAAGUCGAAGCGGUUCUUAUUGAAAUAAAACCAUUUUCUAAAAACUUUUCACCGAUUUUAAAAGAAGUCGGCCAACUGCCAAACUGUACGGAAAUUGAGUUUAUAUUUGAUAAUAUUCUCACCAAAUGUGGAAGAGGUGCAAAGGCAUUUGGUAAACAAGCUUAUGGGGAAUACAAGAAUUUGAGGUCCGAAGUCAAAGCAUUCUUGGAGCUUUUACCAGACGAGUGGGAGAGUUUAAGUUUACGGAAAUGUGUCAUAGGCGGCACGUGUCUUUCCGAGGCGUUCACGAAACAGGCUCAAGGUGUUUCAAAGAAGAUUAAGACAUUGAAAAAGAAAUUUGAAAAUAAAGAAUUGCUUGAAAGCUUGGAGCCUUGUAAAACUGCCGUGGAAGACGUUUCUCGUGUCGUGGAGAAAGUGAAGAAUAUUUCAGUAUUGGUGGAGGAGUUUUCAUUGAAAGGUGAAGUGUUGAAGAUUAAAGAUUUGGCUCGCAGGAUUACUGGGAAGUUUUCAGGGGAAAGUGAUGGCCAGGUUUGUAUGUUUUUUAACAUCCUUCGUUAUUAUGGCUCCCUAUACUAUGUCUCCCUAUACUUUGUCUCUCUAUGCUUUGUCUCCCUGUAUUAUGUCUCCCCUUACUCCUAUCUUACUUGCUUUACCUGAGUUCACCUCUGGACUAUACGAUGUCAUACCAUAGAUACCAUAGCUUGUCUUACCUUUUCAUACCUUAACUUACUACACCAUACCACACCAUAUACCUUACACCAUACCAUAUCAUACAUUCAUACCAGAUCAUACCAUACCAUACCAUACCACACACCAUACCAUAUCAUACCUUAUCGUACACACCAAAAGGGAUGGAUCCAGCAUGAUCUGGUGGGGAGGGGGGGGGGGUGCUCUGGUGCCGACUGCCGAGUUGUGUCGGUCAUGUGUGCCCCCCGCCCAUCAACUACUGUAUUUAAAUAGCAAUUGUUGUUCACAAUUCAUUUAUCAUCAUGGUAUUACUCAAAUUACUGUAUCUCAUUUUGUCUUUUUUGCUUUAUCAUGAAAAAUAGCAGCCCCCCUGCACCCCCUCUAGCCAGGACUAGGGGGGGGGGGUGCGCACCCCCCUGGCCCAAUAAAUCCAUCCCUACACACCAUACAAUACCAUACCAUACCACACCUACCAUAUCAUACCAUACCACAUCAUGCCAUUCCACAGCACACCAUAUCACACCAUAUCAUACCACACCAUAUGAUACUUCUACACCCUUGCCUUCCUAGGUCCAAAAACGCUCAGUCAGUGACCUCGCCAAGAAAGUAAAGAACCUUGCUCAACACAUAAAAAAAGCGACAGAAACCAAAGAAAAAAUCGAACAACUCGUUGAAGAAGUGUUUAGCAAACUAAAAAGCAUCUAUAUCGACAACAUCGAACCUUUCCAAGACAACCUAAAAGACGUCCAGCAAAAACUACAGUUAUCUUAUGACCUGAGUAAAAAAUCUAACGUCAUAAAUCCAAGUUUGCAAGCGGUAGACACAGUAGUGCGAGCAAUGACUGACUUUACUGUAGUUGCUCAAAAUGUCGUCGGCCCGUUGGAGGGAACUGUUUUAGACGUACUUUCAAAAACCUCCGACUUCACCGACGUUUUUGACGAUAAACUAAAAGGCUAUGGGGAAAAAGUACAAAAAGUUUCGGACGAAGUAAACGGCUUUCUGGAUAAAAUUAUCUCGUUCUUGAAUACAAUUCAAUUGCGUCAGAAAGGAUUGGAUAUCCGGGACUAUAAACCCUGGAACCAAUAUCCGUACUGUUCGGAAGAAGUGUGCCUCAGGUUACUCCGCAGAUCAUCCAAACUAUAUCUCAAGAUUGUUUUCCUUUGGAAGUUUCCACAUUUGGACGAUUUGUCUUCCAUUUCUAAGUCGGGCAAGUGGUUAGUACCCGGUCUCUUUGAUGACUACAAAGUGCGCGGUAUUGCGCCAUUGUCUAAGAACGAGAUGGUACUGGGCAUGCGCGGUGUGGCUUCAAAUACUGGCAAAGCUUCGCUAUUGGUUGUGAUCGAUAUAAGGUCAUCAAAAAGUCAAAUUGUUAAGAUUAUUCAACUUCAGCAAAACGGUCAACCUUUCACAGGCGAUAUGGGAGGUGUUGCAGUCGUAAAAGAUACCUACAUUUGGAUGAGCAGUGGUAAUAGUCUCUAUGCUGUAAAGUUAUCUGACGUUCGAAAUAGCAUGUCAACCAGUGUCCCUUCGACCAUCAACAUUGCUAGAACAAAGUCACUUUCCCACCAAGCAACUUCGCUUUCUUAUGAUAGUCUAGAUAGCAAAAUUUGGGUAGUUGACAGUGGUAGUUAUAAAGUUCAUUCCUAUGACGUGAGUCCGUUUGGCGAUGUGUUGUUACAAAAGGAAACCCUCGAGACGGGCCAAUACACGCGUGGCUUCGCGAUUGUCCGACAAUUCGGCGUGAAAUACGCCGCCGUGGCUAAGUGUGCACUGGUUGGUGGAUACCAAUGCAAGCUUGAAUUCCAUAACGUUGACAGUGCUGUUCUGGAUGAAUCGACGGUUCUGAGAGUUGUGCGAACACCCACUGGCCUAGAAGGUAUCCAGACUGUGGACUCAGAACACAUCGUGACCGCCUUCUCGAGCGGGACAUUUUCGGACAAGGAUAAGAUCGAACGAAUAGCUGGCGAUUUCGAAGACAGGUUUUUCAAAUUUAAAGUGCCGAUUCUUACAACCGGUUUUGACAUCACGGAGAAUUGUGUGUAUCUAAAAGUGGCAUGGGAUUGGAUUAUCCCAGCCAGGCGUCUGUUUCCUCUGGGCGAGAUGAAGUGUGGUGAACGUAGAAAACGAAGCGCUCUAGAGAAAGCAUUGGAUGCUGAUGUGUACACCGAGGAACUUGAGAGGCAUAAGAGGGUACGACGUCAAACAACCGAAAGUGUAGCUUGCUCUUGGAAUUUGGAGGGCGAUCCCAAAACAGGUUUGUGUUUUGCAUUUAUUGGUUACUACGCAAGACUAAACCUCAUGCAACUGAUGAACUGAGCCGAGCAGAGCUGAACUUAACUUAACUUAACUAAAGCAUGGAUCAAUCGAGGAUGAGAGUGCAUGAGUUGGCAGUCACGUGACCUUGGUUAGCUGUUCUUAUAUGCUUUCCCAACACUACUAUCAUGUAUUCUAUUUAAGUUAAAACAUAGUUGGAACACGCUUCAAACCUUUAUUUUGUUAAUCUAGAGCUUGAAAUGACCCCUGUAACGAUGCAUGACUGCCAACUCUCAUCAACGUUUGACCAGAGCUUAAAGUUCAUUUGUACUGAAUACCUUUGUUAGUUCUAAACUGUUCUCCCAAGAAGGUUAAUUAAUGAAAGCGGUUCGUUAUUGGUACAGUAUUGUUACUAGAGGAGGAAACCUAAACUCAGCUACUCCUAUUUAUACUGAAUAACUUUAUCAGUUUUAAUCUGUUCUAUUUAGAGGUUUAUAAAGGUCAAUCUCUUACUUGUCCAGGAGAAACCAGAGUACCCAAAUUAAAGAUAAUCUAUUCUGUUUGGUGGACUGAACCUGGAGUGCUUUUCUCACAUGUGACUAAGGCAAAAUUAUAAUCCGACAACUGUAUAUUACAGGAAUUGGGGCCCAACAAGCGACAGCAUAGAUGAAAUGAAGGGCACAUGCAUUCAUCACUCCACACAUCAAAGAGAAUGUUUUACCAAAUAUAAACGUUGAAUAUUAAACAACAACAAUAACAACAGCAAAAAAGCACAAAGCACAAGCGACAGUAGCCACUGCAACAACUUCAAAAAUAUAGCAGCACUACGAGCUAAAACAAGAGCAACUAGAGGGCACUCAGAGACUGCAUACCUCCGCCCGCUACUCGGAAGUGAAAAAAGCGCAAACUAUUGAAGUAAUCUAUUGUUAUUAUAAUUUGAAUGGCCUAGCACUUUGCUGAACGCAAUGAUGCGUAACUCCGUAAGCCUUGUUUUAUACAUUGAAUUUCGGAAAUUAAUUUAUUACUACUAUUAUCAAAAUUGACUAUUGUCUUAAUCACAUUCGACGCGACCGAAAUUCGGCGUAUAAAGGCCUGAUUCGAUUCCACGGGCGCUUUUUCUCGGCGAAAUGCGAAAUAUUUCGCCUGUUUCUUUUGAAUUGUGGGCAAUCAAGUAGAAAUAAUUUAUUCGAGUGGUCGCAAUUCAAAAGAAACAGGCGAAAUAUUUCGCAUUUCGCUGAGAAAAAGCGCCCGUGGAAUCAGGCCUUAACAGCACAGGCGGUCCAAUCUCGCAGGGGUCAGUAUAGGCUUAUAGUAAUGUAUAUUAUAGUAAAAAUAUGUCAUAAAAUAUAAAUUUCAAAAUGAAAUUGCUUGCCUAUUUGAUAGUGUGUGUUCUCCUUUUAUUCCUCUUGGACUAAUAUUUCCCAAGACUUUGCACUCGAUGGUACUAAUAUACAUACUACAUGAUGAAGGCAAACUAUUUACAAUCGUCGAUCCGUCUGCACGGCACUUCGAAUCAAAAAUUAUCUCACUCAAAUCGCUUUAUUCUCCAAACAAAUUCGCCAGCAUGUAGAACAAAUGACGUUCUUCGAAAAUACGGAGAUACUUCGGCGAGAUGUGCAAGUUUUGGACCAUAUUUUAACAAUGGAAAUCAAAAUCUAUUUUAUAUUGAACUUACAAAGACCGACAAUUACUACCACGAUGCAUGGGCAACCAGGCCUCCUAAAACCGUUGGGAUUUACAGGGGGGAGGCCGCCUGCCUACAUCAUGAAAAUACCAAAAAGCGGGAAGUACAAUGGGAAACAACAUAUGUCCUGUAUAUAUCACGUAUGUUAUAAUAAGAAAUGUAUUUAAAACAAUUUAUGAUGUCGAUAUAUCAUAUUUCAAAUUAUCCUUUUUUAUAACGAAUUAACGUAACCCUCCCCCCCCGGUAGUAAUUGUCGGUCUUUGUAUUAAGUUCAAUAUAAAAUGGGUUUUGAUUUCCAUUGUUAAAAUACGGUCUCCGUAUUUUCGAAGAACGGCAUUUGUUCUACAUACUGGCGAAUUUGUUUGGAGAAUAAAACGAUUUGAGUGGGAAAAUUUUCGAUUCGAAGUGCCGUGCAGACGGAUCGACGAUUGUAAAUAGUUUGCCUUUAUCAUGUAGUAUGUAUUCUAGUACCAUCGAGUACAAAAUCUCGGAAAAUAUUAGUCCAACAAAAGAGGAAUACAAGGAGAACACACACGACCAAAUAGGCAAGUCGAUUUCAAUUUAAAAUUUAUAUUUUAUGACAUAUUUUUACUAUAAUAUACAUUGCUAUAAGUCUUAUACUGACCCUUGCGAGUUUGGGCCGCCUGUGAUAAAACGCGCCUAAAAUAUUGCCAGCGUGUAUAUAUUUACUACUGACCUAUUAUUAUUAUUACUAUUAAGAAAUUAGAAUAUAUUUGUAAAGCACACGAUUUUAGAGCAGCCUCCCUUAUAUAAGUGAAAUUUACAAUUGUAUAUAAUCUAAAAAGAUACCAUUGAUUACAUUAUUUGUAUACCUUUAUAUACCCUGUAUACUGCGUGCAUAAAUUAUGCACGUCCUAAUUACGCAUUCAGUGAGUUUUUUUUAAUUGACCGGGAAAAGCAAAACAAACUUUUGUUCAUUUCUCGUUCAAUUUUUAACCAAAUUUUAAUCAAUUCUUCCUUGGCCGAUGGGAAAUGCAUUAAAACAUUUCGUAUGAAUAUGUUUGGUAUUUUUUGAGUUAUCGUGCUCACAGACAAACACACAUACAAACCCUGAUGAUUACAUAACCUCCUGGCAAAGGUAACAACAACAACAACAACAACAACAACAACAACAACAACAGCAACAACGACAGCAACAACAACAACAACAACAACAACAACAACAACAACAACAACAACAACAACAACAACAACAACAACAGCAACAACAACAACAACAACAACAACAACAACAACAACAACAACAACAAGCAACAACAACAACAACAACAACAACAACAACAACAACAACAACAACAACAACAACAACAACAACAACUAACAACAACGAAAGCAGAAAUCUUUAAUAUAUCUAUUUUUCUUAGGUUCAUUUUCAAUUAUUCCCAAAGUCGGCUUUGAUGUCGGGGUGUUUGGUAUUUCAGUAUACUUUUACUUCGGCGCUAAUACAAAUUACUAUGCGAACUACAGAGUCUCAUUGUGUCUUCGCGAGAAAGAGGUACGACUUGCGAUCAUCCCUGGGGCAUGGGUGACUGUAUACGCAGGGGCAAGUCUUUCUGUAUUAAUCGUGAAGGCUGGUGUGACGGUAGAGGCAAAACUACUGGAAACCUACCUUAUCCCUGAGGUCGCCAUUCGUGUCAACAAAUGGCCGUUGCGUGCAUGUUUGGAAAUGAAGCUGCAAAUGACUCCUUUAUCUAUUCGUGUGUACUUGUGGUAUCAGUUCAGAUCUAUAAGAGUCAGAUGGAAGAAAUGGUUUAAAAUUCGCAUCUCAAUCGGUUGGGGUUCAAAGAAUACGUUCGCUGAAUGGACUUGGUCGUCUCGGUCUAUCCAUAAAACCGUACUCAGUACUUGCGAACGAGAUACAGACAACACACCCCCCGGAGUAGGACAAUGUACCGCAAAACAGGUCGGGAAUAAGAAGUAUUUCGUCCAAUGGCAUGGUUUCACUGAGGACACAAAGAUUCAGAAUUAUGUCGUCAUAAUCGGCUCGAUCAGAGGGUCCGGCGAUGACCAUUAUUCCAUACACGGAGAAACACAGAGCUUGCUAGUUUCAGACCUCGACAUCAUGCAUGGUCGUUCUGUGUACGCGGCCGUAUAUGCGUAUAAUGGUUUUGGACUAAAAAGCCCGGUUGCUGAUUGCCCGAUGUUUACUGCAAGGCGACGGUCUCCGAUUCUUACGUUCGUACACGAUAGUAAAACGUCGGGUGACAUCGACUACCAGUCGGAUACGACCAGUCUUGCUGUGGAGUAUGGUUUUGAGGGGACUUUCGGGGAUCUUUCGAGCGUUAAAUGGGGGAUAUCAAGUUCGCCGAAAUGUACCUUGUCUGAAAGCGAGGCUGAUGUUCUAAGUUUGCGAGAAGUCGGGGAAAGCUACACUAUUAAGAAGACGGAGUUAGAGUUAGUGAAUGGCGGGAAAUAUUAUAUCCGGGUUCAACUUGUCAACCUCUUGGGAUUGGCUACCGUUGCUUGUAGUGAUGGCGUUACCAUAGAUACCACGCCACCUGUGCCACGUGACUUCACGGUCGGAAAAGAUGGUACGGGAUUCGUAACCUCAGUGAGACGAAUCUCUGGGAAGUUUCAACAAUUUCUAGACAACGAAAGCCCCAUGGUGCGCUAUGAGUGGAAACUUAUCGAUCAAGACACCGGUAGUGACGUCAUACCUUUUAAGACAAUACCGCUGACCCAAAAGUCGCCAUUGCUCGACGGCUUAAGUUUGACGUCUGGGAAAAAGUACACCGCUGUACUAAAAGGUACUAAUGCCGCAAGCCUAUACGCUACGGUAAACGUGUCGGGUAUUAUCCCUGAUGAUACAAUUCCAUCAUGCAAUGGACCACCACGUGACGUCAUAAACUUCGAUGACGUAAUAGAUAAAGAUUUCGUUCGGCAACUUAAUAACCUCACCUACAUGUUCUCGUGUCACGAUGAUGAAAGUGGCAUCCAGUCCAUUCGCGCGGCAGUGGGCACUUACCCGGGUGGGGAAAACAUCCACCUCUUUGUCAACAUUGGUGAGCUGGUAACUAGAAUAUCUGAUGACUCCAAAACCACGUGGAUAGUUUUUGAUGACGUAAAUGUGACGUCAUUGGUUCAGUACUACGUCACAAUCAAAGUUCGAAAUAAUGCAGGUUUGGUUAAGACGAUUUCCUCAGAUGGGAUACUUAUGGAUACAACGGGACCAACAGUGUUACCAACCUACAUCAGAGAUGGACACCAUGGGAUAGACAGGAAAUUUAGUUCAGGUUUUGAUAUUUAUCCAGCUCACUGGGAGAACGCAUUUGCAGAUGCUGAAAGUGGAAUUGGAGAAUACUUUGUAGGUCUGGGUACGAGUCCUGGGAAAGAUGACACAUCAGCUUUCAAAAGCAACGGUUUGAGCAUUCAAGUGUUGGUCAGCAGUAGUGCCUUGCAAAGUGGUGUAACAUACUAUGUGACGGUGAUAGCCUGUAACCGAGUGCGCAUGUGUGUGAAUGGUAGCAGCAACGGCGCUAUGGUGGAUUUCAUGCCACCACAUCCGGGUUCCGUCAUUGCCGGUCACGUGGGACCACCACUAGAAGUCACGUGGAUCAACAAAGCAGCAUGGGCCCGCUGGCAGUGGUGUCCAGCAGACAGAGCCAAGCAACAAUUCAUCGCCGACACAUGUGACCUGCUGAGUUUCUACGACAAACAUUCAGGAAUAAAACGUUUUGGCUUAUCUGUGCUCUCGUACGAUACUGCCGAACUGUUGGUGCCAGUCAAGAUCGUGGGCCGCGUUGUAGUCAGCGGUCUACAUGUAGUUAUGCCUAAUGGUGUUUUCUCUGUGGUUGUCGAAGCUGAAGAUCGCGCCGGAGUUCGUUCGAAUUCAAUAUCAGAAUCGUUCAUUAUUGAUGCCACUCCACCUUGGGUAGUCAAGCUUUACCAUGGUAACGAAGGCCAGCCAAUCAGAUACACGAGUAGCCAAAAUCACGUGUUCUCUGCAUACUUCGAGAUGACCGAAGAUGUGUCGGACAUUGUUCAGUACAGCCUCGGUGUGUCGUCGUAUCCCGAAGGCGAUGAUGUCCUACCGUUCGCAAGCCACCAGCCUGAUGUUGUAUCUAAUGUUAUUCGUGUAAAUUGGACAUCGACCACAACAACUUCUUUAGCAAAUGGACGGAAAUACUACAUAACAGUGAAAGGUACUAACUCUGCUGGUCUAUUUAUAGUAGCCACGUCACUGCCGUUGGUGUUUGACGACGAAGCACCAUUAGUCACGCACGUAUUGGACGGAUGGGACACGCAAGAUGCUCAAUACCACUCAUUUCCAAGUAUCUACCGAAUGCAUUGGCGAGGCGUUACGGACGUUUCCGGAAUUGACGAAAUUAAAGUUUGUGUCAGCUCUACUCAAAAUCCUAAUAUUUGUGACAUCCAUCCUUUGGUGAAAAUAUCGAACACCUUAACUUCAUAUUCGUUUACCAAUAUUAACCUACAAUCGGGAACUUACUGCUACGCUUUACUGCAGCUUAACGAUAAAGCUGGUAACCUUGGGAAUCAUUGGACCAAUGGCGUCUUCGUUGAUACUAGUCCACCGACGACAGGGCGAGUUACAGACGGUCUGGGGAAGAGGGAUGUAGUUUUCCAACGAGAAAAAAACAUACUGUACGCAAGUUGGAAUGGAUUUUUUGAAAAUGAAACAUCGAUUCAUCACUAUGAACUUGCAUUCGGGACAUCGCAAAAUAGUUCAGAUGUUCAACCUUUUACUGAUGUUGGUCUAGUCACUUCAUCUGCAAGUUCGAACUUGCUCGUUUCAGAACUUAAAAACGGCGUGACCUAUUUCGCUCGAGUUAUUGCGUUUAAUAUAUUGGGAGUUCCUGGCAAGAUUGCCGCGUCCGAUGGUGUUUUAAUUGAUUCAACGCCACCAACAUUUUCGGCCCCAGUUUCCGACGGAGUUUACCUUCAUCUUGACCUUGAUUAUACCAGUCAUGUGACUUCGCUAUCUGUAAGCUGGAAAUGCGAAGAUGCUGAUAGUGGGCUAGCUCAGGCAUUUGUCGGGUUCGGGGCUCAGCCUGGCAUUCUGGAUGUUGCGGGUUAUCAGGUUGUGUUGCCUUACCAAACUAUGUAUACAUUAGCAAAUCUCACUCUGUCCCAGGGCUACAGAUAUUUUGCCACGGUCAAAUGCGUCAACCGAGUCGGUUUGCAAAACUCGUUGUCCAGCGAUGGCGUCACUAUUGAUGCUACGCCACCGUUGCUAGGUUACAUCAACGAUGGCGACAGUCCUUAUCAAGAUGCUGACUAUAUUGGUCUUGGCUCUCACGUGACAGUUAACUGGAAAUUCACUGACGCGGAAAGUCAUGUGACCGGGUACCAAAUUUCCAUUUAUCAGAAGCCGAAUGGCGUCCGGGUCAUUGGACCAUCGGAAGCACCCGGAAAUAGGAGGUUCACGAAAAUUGCAUUACGAGGAGACGAACUGAAAAACGGUCACAAGUAUGCAUUUUCGGUGACGGCUCGAAAUCGAGCUGGACUUAAUAUAACUGGAGUGAGCAAUGGUUUUGUAGUGGACGGGUCAGCCCCAACGUGUUCAAAUGUGUAUGAUGCUACUUUAGAUGGGACUAAGACUAAUUUUGUGGGUCAAAUAAGGAAGCUAGUGGUUCAUUUCGACUGUAGUGACAAUGAAACAGGGAUUAAUGCAUACCAGUUUGCUAUAAAAGACAUCGACACAUCUCGUUUUAUUCUUCCAUUCCAUAAAAUAAAAGGACUUUCAACUCUUUCCUCUCUUGUGGUUGUUAACGGGGCUGGAAAACGAAUUAUAGAACUUCAAAAUGGCGGUCGUUAUCAAGUUGGGCUCCGAGCUACGAACAAUGUGAACCUUUCAAGAGAAUACUGGACUCCAGGAGUUAUAGUCGAUACCACUCCUCCCGUAUUUAGCAAAGUUGAAGCCUCGUUUCAAGUCCAAAGUGAAACGAUCAAAAUUGUCUGGAAACUUGUUGAUAAUGAAAGCGGGAUAGAAACUGUAUCAUGGUCGCUCAAUACAUCACCAGAUGUGGAAAAUCCAGAAAACUUUACCGAAAUUUCACGAAAUUCUACAGAACUCUUCAUUUCUGGGAUUUCUUUCAAACUUGGCCAGACUUACUACGUAUAUUUCACAGUUACUAACACAGCUGGACGAUCGACGUUGUUUGUGUCGGACGGUGUCGUGAUUGAUCGUACUCCACCAUCGCCUGGUCGGGUGUCGGCCGACUUCGUAGUGCCGGCAAAUUACGAUGGUAAUCCAAAUGUAACCACGGGUGCUUCGUUUACUGUGAAAUGGAGCGGGUUUGUAGACCAGGAAAGUGGAGUAAGGGUGUAUGAAUGGGCAAUUGGACCGUCUGCUGAGCAGAUGAAACUCCUGGGCAAUGUGUUUUACAGAAAAAUCCAAUUUACAGGUUAA